AUGGGCGCUAAAAUAGUGAUCGCAGUUGAUGUUGGUUCAGCUGCUGAAACAAAUCUGUAUAAUUAUGGUGAUUCAUUGAGUGGGUUUUGGGUGUUAUUAAGGAAGCUCAAUCCUUUUGCGGAAUCCGUCAAAGUUUUAAAUAUGGAGGAAAUACAGAGUCGUUUAGCAUAUGUUUCUUGCGUGCAGCAGCUUCAGCUGGUAAAAAACGCUGGAUAUUGUCAGUAUGUUCGACCACCUAUCGAGGAAUUCAAGACUUUAGACUUCGUGAAAUUUGAUUCUAUACGUACAAAUGAAGACCUGAAGGGUGUUAUUGACGCAGAGAAGUUACGUUCAUUAAAACGGCGUUACUGGCGCCGAGAACCUGCAAAGUUGUCGUUCUACGACCAUACCCGCGCCUCAUCAUUCACUAAUCUUGCUGCCCAGGUAAUAGAGUUCUAUGGUUUCAAGAGUGCCCAGAGUUCAUGA